GAAAACCAUGCAGUCAUCAGGGCACAGGUUCCGUGAUGUUGAGCACCACCCACUCCUUGCUGAAAAUGAGAGCUACGACUCCUCUUCCUCAGAGGCUGACAUGGCAGAGAGGGUUUGGUUCAUCCGGGAUGGCUGUGGUAUGGUCUGUGCUAUAAUGACGUGGCUUCUGGUUGUCUAUGCAGACUUCGUAGUGACUUUUGUCAUGUUGCUGCCUUCCAAAGACUUUUGGUACUCUGUGAUCAACGGUGUUCUCUUUAACUGCUUGGCAGUGCUAGCUUUGUCAUCGCACCUGAGAACUAUGCUAACUGAUCCAGGGGCUGUACCCAAAGGAAAUGCCACUAAAGAAUACAUGGAUAAUUUGCAACUGAAACCAGGAGAAGUGAUCUACAAAUGUCCCAAGUGCUGUAGUAUCAAACCUGAACGUGCACACCAUUGCAGUAUUUGCAAACGAUGUAUUCGAAAGAUGGAUCACCACUGCCCCUGGGUGAAUAAUUGUGUGGGGGAGAAAAACCAGAGAUUUUUUGUUCUGUUUACGAUGUAUAUAGCCCUAAUUUCAGCUCAUGCACUCAUCCUGUGUGGGUUUCAGUUUUUCUCCUGUGUCCGAGGGCAGUGGACUGAAUGCAGUGACUUCUCCCCACCUGUAACUGUGAUCCUGAUGAUCUUCUUGUGCCUUGAGGGUUUUCUGUUUCUCACUUUCACUGCAGUCAUGUUUGGCACCCAAAUCCACUCAAUAUGCAACGAUGAGACGGAGAUUGAAAGACUGAAGAGUGAGAAGCCCACGUGGGAGCGGCGGCUGCGCUGGGAGGGGAUGAAGUCCGUGUUUGGGGGCCAGCCCUCCCUCCUCUGGAUCAAUCCUUUCGCGGGGUUUCGCAUCAGGCGCCUCCUCCUGAGAACAAAGAAAGGGGGACCUGAGUUUUCUGUUUGAGUCUAAUGAUUCUGGGACUUGCAAGGAUACUCUAUACUAUUUAUUUGGGGCCAGAGGAGGCUGUCUGCAUAUAAUCUGUGACCAGGUGAAGCCGAUACCAGACAUUUGCUUGUAGCAAGCAGAGUUUUAUACGUUUAUCGUCACAGACAUCUCAUUAACUUUCAGAGACAUGAACUGGAUCUGUCGUGGUCUUAAACAGCAAGAGAACAAUGGAAAAGCACGUGGUCACACUAAAGAAGCCAAAAGUUGUCAUGCUACUGUAAUUUAUUUUCUGAGAUUAUCCAUUUUUUUGUUAAACCCUUUUUAUUUGAUAAAUGUUUGGGGAAUUACCGGUGUGUUUUUAUAAAA